CUCAUACUUUAUUUGCCUUCAGUGCCAGCUGUUAUUUGAACAAUUUCUGGAUCUGGAGCAUCAACACUAAGAUGCCAAUUUGCUGACCUGAAUUUAUGCUGCAUGGGAGCAUCUGUAUCACCUAAAGGAGAGGUACUUUGGGAAAGAGAGAAGAACAAGAGAAGAAGUAGAAGAAAAUCUGCAGAAAAGGAAUUCAAAUGGAUAAAAAAAAGAAGACGAGAAGCAGAAGCCCAGAGGAGACCCCAACUGACACAAGAGCACAGAAGAGGUAUCGAGUGGACGACACAACUCCGCCGCCCUUCAAUAUCAACAACUAUCAGCUCAUAAAAAAGCUGGGGAAGGGCUCCUUUGGCAAGGUGAUGUUGGCUUCUUAUACCAUCAAGAGCCAGCUCGUCGCUGUGAAGAUAAUAAAGAAGAAAAAGAAGACAGACUACCAUGAUAUCGAGAUGGAGGCUACAAUACUGCGGUUAGGUCACACAUGUCCAUUUCUUAGUCGGGCAUAUGCAAUCUUCCAAACUGAGUCACUCGUGUUGUUCAUCUUGGAGUAUGCCAGAGGUGGAACGCUGCACAAGCUUAUCAAACGUCACCGAUAUCUGAACAGCCAGGAAGCACAGUUUUAUUCGGCGGAACUUGUCCUGGGUUUGAGGUACCUGCAUAAGUAUGGGAUUAUUCAUCGCGACCUCGAGCCAAGAAACAUCUUACUGGAUGAAGAGGGACACGUGCAGAUCGCCGAUUUUGGCUUUGCCCAGGCUAGAAAGUUUGACUCAAAGGCUUGUCAUGGUACUGGAGGAGCAUCGGGAUAUAUGGCACCUGAGGUUUUGGAGGACGUUCCAUACAACUCAUCAGCGGACUGGUGGUCGUUCGGUGUUGUCGUCUAUGAAAUGGCCACUGGCAAGCUGCCCUUUUCACCAAAUGGAACCUUUCAAGAACAGCUGGACAACAUCACUAACACGGAGCCAUAUUAUCCAGAAACGCUUACACCUGAAUUUCGUGACUUCAUACAACAGCUCUUGAAGACGAAGGUAGAACAUCGCCUUGGAGUCUACGCCAAUGCCCAGGACCACCCAUUUUUUUCAUCAGUUAAUUGGGAGACAGUAAAAGAACGAAGCAUGGUGCCCCCUCUAAAACCAAGAAUUAAACAAAUUGAUAUGCUCAGCAACAUUCCCUUCCCAGAAAACAAAAUCAGAAAGACCGGCAUGAACAAGGAAUUCACCUACAUAGAUCCGAGUUGGCUAGACAAGUAAUUGUGCCAUCACCAAGCUGGCUUCUCAACACGCAUAAUAACUGACUCAUUUGGUGCAGGUUUGUAGCACUGUGGAUAAGGUAAGUAAGACCAAGGUAGCCGGGGGCUAUUUUUUUAUUUUGUUUUAGGUUUAAAAAAAGAAAAAGAAAACCUUUUCCUCCUUUUCCCAGUUAUGGUUUUAUCUCUACUUUCCAAUGUAGCCUCUGUACUUUCUCUUUACUUUCUUAAAUAAGACAAAAUGGGAUUUAUAAGUGCAAAACAAGCCCCUGAUAAUAAUAGGAAGCUUAUUAACUUGCCCAACUAGACCAAUAAUAAAUUAAAUUAAAACAGUGAAGGCACUGUAUGUAAUUUAACAUAGAUAAAGAAUCGAUAUUUAUUAAGGUUGUUUUCUUAAUAUUAGUAAAAUAUUUAAAAAAGCACAAAAAUAGAAAAAGUAUAUAAGGCUAAAAGUAUAAUGCACACAGUCCUGGUGCUUAUACCCCACAAUUUAAAAACAGGGGUAUUCAUUCAAAUGGAUCCACUCAGGCCAUGAAGCAAACAUAAAAUUUAUAAAGCAUCCUCAAAAAAACCAGGGGAAGCAAAUAGCGAAAAGUCGCCGCGAGUCAAAUCGCGGCGCUAUCGCCUAGUGUGGCCUUAGCCUUAAUUAGCACCAUAAUACAGCAUUUAAGGUAGAGAAACAAACACUUUUUUAAUACUGCUUUGAUAAAAAUUGGCUUCUCGAGUCCCAUUUUAAUGUAGCUUUAAUCCUAUAUUCAUCACCAACACAAAGACCUAGCCACAUUUUCCAUUCUAAAUUUCUUCCUUUGCAAUGUCUCUGUGCUUUCUCUAAUGGUUUGGUUAGACCCCCUUGUUAACAAAAUCUUUAAGAAGACAAAAUGGGAUUUAUAACUGCAAAAAAAGCCCCUGAUAAUAAUAAUUAUAAUAAUAGGAAGCUUAUUAACUUGCACAAAUAGAUCCAUAAUAAAUUAAAUUGAAACAGUGAAGUCACACUAUGUAGUUUAACAUAGAUACAGAAUAGGUAUUUAUUAAGGUAUUUUUCUUAAUAUAGCAAUAUAUUUAAAAAAAACACAAAAAUAGAAAAAGUAUAUAAGGCUUACAGUAUAAUGCUCAGAGCCCUGCUGCUUAUACCCCACACUUUAAGCAAGCCAGAAUAUACUUAAAACAGGGGUAUUCAUUCAAAUGGAUCCACUCAGGCCAGUAAGCAAACAGAAAACUUAUAAAGCAUCCUCAAAGAAGCCAGGGGAAGCAAAAAGUCACUCCUGGUAACUUUAAGAGCUGAAAUUGCUGGAUUGAUUCCCAGCAUUUCGUUUAACAAGGUCUGUGAUCUCACUAGAGGGAAGGGAUGGGGGUGGGCAAAGCUAGUGGGUUGUGAGUGGUCAUUUAUCAAUUUUUGGCCAAUCACAAUGCACUAGUGGCGUCCCUCUAUUGAUACCACAAACCGCAA